AUGGCAACAAUACCAACCUGGACGAGUCAAGACAAGGCAUUGGCAUUACUGCCGAAAUUCAGUGGAUUCUUGUCCCUCUGUGGGUCUCUGUACAUUGUCCAACACGUGCUGCGAUCCCGAGAACGGCGUGGAUUUGUCUAUCAUCAAAUCUUAAUGGCCAUGAGCUGUUCCGACGUACUAGGAUCGAGCAUGUACGUGCUGAGUACCUGGCCAAUCCCUCGAGGGGAUGCCGUCUUUGCCGUGGGCAAUCAAGCCACAUGCAAUGCACAAGGGACAUUGGAUCAAUUUGCCUCCUUGACGACACCGCUAUUUACUGGAAGUCUUUCCAUUUAUUACUUGCUGGUGAUUCGAUACGGGUGGAGAGAAGAACAGGUGCAACGACACCGCCAUUGGUUCUUUGUCAUUCCCUUUGCCAUGGGCGUCACUACGGCCCUUGCCGGAUUGGGUUUGGAACUCUACAAUUCUGCCGAUUGGGUCUGUUGGAUUGCUGCCUAUCCACCCGGAUGUAACAAGGAGGACAGUGAUGUGGAGUGUACACGAGGCAUCCAUGCCGAUUUGUAUAGAAUGGUAUUCUCCUAUGUCAUUGUCUGGAUUGUCUUUGGCGUUUUGGCCAUUUCCAUGGCCAUGAUCUACCAGCGAGUCUGGCAGACCGAACGAAAAACAAUACGCUUUCGAGGAUCCUCCUAUCUACAGGGUGCUACUACUCAUUUACAACAAACCACUUCGACAACUGCAGGGGACACUGUGGAACCAUCCGUAGCAUCAAAAAUAGGGUACUUCUGUCGGCGUCUUCUACCCCCGAGGAGAUUACAAAGGAUCCCUGUUGACAACCACCACAACAACCACCACAACGAGAAUGAUGACGACAGCAACGAUGAUGACGACAGCAACCGAGACCGAGGCCACGACAGAAUAGAGGAACAAGAUGACAACCAUUCCAACACAGACCCACAGCUCUACUUGAAAAGACAUCCUUCCUCGGGAGCUCUCAGAACCCGGGAUGACACUCCCACUCGUCCACCACCAACACCCAGAAACAAUAAUCAUCUCAGUCGAACUGUACUCUACCAAGCAUUGAUGUAUUGUGGAGCCUUUUAUUUGACGUUUCUCUUUGGGACCAUUGCACGAAUAUUGCAAAUUUGGGAUAUUACCGCGUAUCCCGUGUUUGUCUGCAUGACCAUCUUUUUUCCCCUCCAGGGAUUUUGGCAAUUCCUCAUUUACACGCGACCGUCGCGAAACAAAAAGAAAAAACAGUGCGCCAGCAACAAAUCGUCGUCAUCCGUCUACACCAACAAUCCACUGCUGUGCAUUGACUGCUUUCACGAUGACAACGGCAAUGGCAGCAACAACAAUCAUCGUAGUGGCACCAAUUCCUCUUCCCGAGUCAUUGCCAACGAGAAUGACGAUGACCAAAUUGUAUCGCCGUCGCCAAGAAUGCCCUCCACAAGGAGCAUGAUGUGUUGUAGCCGGUGUUCGGUCAGUGUGGUGGACACACGAAGUUUUCUGGAUGCCCAGUCAGAAUUGGAGUAUAUCAACCAGGCAUAGAUGAUGAUGUCGUAUCUACCGUAUCUACGGUACAAUAGGAAAAGCCUGUGGUGAUCUUGCAUUACAGACGAAAUCUGCUUUCUCUGGCGAUGCACCAAAACAUGCGGUCUUGGAUGGUCAAAAUACUACUAGCUAGGGUGAUUUGCCCAAUGCUACGAGCGACGAAGGGCUACCGGUACCGCACUGGGCAGGGUGCAUCAAUAUUGACAUUUGGUCAGAACCAAUAGUGCAGUGUGCGAAGAGUCGGUGCCACUCCUGCAGCAUACCGAACGGCAGGCAUGAGCCCCACAACCAUCAACACAAAAACCCCACCAAAGAAGUGACAACGUUGACACCCGUCGUGUUUCGCUUGUGCAGCUCUUUCGGUACCUUUAGAAGUUGUCGAUAAAAUCAAUGGUGUAAUGGCAAAGUAACGUCCACAUCACAGCUCGAUUCUGUUCUAUUCUAUUCGAUUCGAUUCUGGCUACAGACAGCAAGUUCGUUUUGGGCGCGAGGGCUGUCAGCCUUGUUGCUGUUGUUGUUGAGUCUUAUUGGGCCACACUUCCCAAGAAAAGCCAAUCUCUUGCAGUCGUCGGACAUGUUCCGACGUGACAUGACUGGGCUCUUGUCGUUUCCAUUUCUUGUAUUCCCGUCGUUGCCAUGCCGCCCAAUCUCGGAGUUGAUUGUUGCGAUGGCUGACUUGGACGGCACUGAUUUUAACGUGUCCGUGCUGUUUUUGGAAUUCCAGCAAGAGUUGGAAAUGGUGUUCCCAUUCUUGUUCGGGAGUCCGUUUGUGUUGGCCAUUUCGCGGUUUGGUGGGACGAGGUGGAGCCGUGACAUCGACGGGACUCUUGGCAUCGCCACCCCAGGAGAAUCCCACCGAUUUGAGCAGUUGGAUUCGUUCCGGUGUCAAUUGUGUCGGUUUGCCUUCAUGGUAGAGUUUGUAAUGAUAGCGUUGCCUGUGGACCCAUGCUUUUUGUAUUUGUGUCCACCAAUGAGGAUCAGCAACAAUGCAGAGAUAGCCAAAGCUCAGGGCAAAUUAAACAAAAGUAGCUUACCUCCCAAUGCCUUGUCUUUCUUGUAGGCUUCAAGUCCGUCACAUCACAAGAGCCGCAUGAGAGUGGCAUACCUGAUAGAAUCAUUACUAUGCGUCAACAUAAGCUCCCUACCUUUGGGUAUACAACAAUGACCAUUUUCCUGCUUGAAGGCUAGCAUCUUAUCAAAUUGUAUCUUCCAUUGAUCCUGUAUCAAAAUGGGGGAUGACAGUGUCAGAUAGCACAUACAGAAGGCAGGAUACAUCAGACACGCAAUUCAAUUCAAUUCAAUUCUAGCUACACAACUAACCUUGACGACAUCCCACACAAAUCCAAUGCGAUCCAGAGCUCGUAGAUAGUACUUCCACU